AACAAAACUAAAAAUUGAACAUAGCAAAACGUUUUUACAUCUUCGAUUUCAUCGACACCAACAGAAAAGAAAAUAAAUGAAAAGUAGCAAACACAAGAAUGGCGGCUCUGUCCAAUUCCGUUGUGAUUUCGAGGAGCUCCGCAAUCGAUUUAUCUUCCGGUUCUUCUUUGAAGUCUGCUGAUCAAUUUGUGAGACCCACUAACUUGGCCUUGAGUUUUAAGGGCAACAGGAGACCAUCCACCCACAGAAAGAUACUCACUGUUCAAGCCAGUUAUAGUGAUGGUGGAAGGCCUGGCAGUGCAAGUAUCUUUGUCAGUGGCUUUGUUUUAGGGGGAUUAAUUGUUGGCACACUCGGUUGUGUUUAUGCACCUCAGAUCAGCAAGGCUUUAACUGGAACUGACAAAAAGGAUCUCAUGAAAAAACUGCCCAAAUUUAUCUACGAUGAAGAAAAGGCCUUGGAGAAGCAACGCAAGAAACUGGCUGAGAAGAUUGCACAGCUGAAUGAUGCCAUAGAUAAUGUAUCCACGCAGUUGCGAUCAGAAGAGCCACCUAAUGGAGCAGCAGUGAGCUCAGAUGACAUCGAGGCCCUCAUCUAAGGCUGGUGAUUCCUCUAAGGCACAUAUAUGGUCACAGCACCCACCCUUCACUGUGGAUGAUGCCAUUGUUCUACGAAUGCCGGGUUUAAGACAUAAUACGAUAGUGCUAUUUUGCUGUUAGUUUGUUCUGCCCUUUGAUGUAUGUCGAGAAAUCACAAUGUCUAAUAACCUCUUGUAUUGGUCUAUACAAACCUGUGUUUUAUGUAUUUUAUUCCUUCUAGUUGUGAGACAAAGUAGUGUCCAAACAUAAUGUCUUGGGUAUUCAAGUUUCAACAUUAUGAAAAACUGCAAGUAUUUCAAA